CGUAGCGCCGUGCUUUGGCGUCAUCUGCAGGCGCCGGGAGCAGCCGGUAGCUUCGGCCGGCGCUAUGAGUGCGGAUGAUGAGCUGAGCCUGCUGGUCAUCGUCAUUGACACGAACCCGAUCUGGUGGGGAAAGAAGGCGCUGGGGGAAGCUGAGCAGUUCACCCUAUCAAAAUGCAUCGAUGCAGCGAUGGUACUGGGAAAUUCACACUUAUUUAUGAAUCGCACCAACAGACUCGCUGUAAUAGCGAGUCACACGCAAGAAAGCCGUUUCUUGUACCCUGGGAAGCGUUGGGCUUUUACAGAUCUCUUUGGAGAUGGUGGUAGUUCCAUGGAAUCUAAUUGCUCUGGCAGCAAGGAUGGAAAAUAUGAAUUGUUAACAGCAAUAAAUGAUGCAAUUGCAGAAGAGAUUAAAGACCUCAUGACAAAAACUGACAUGAGGGGCCAGCAAACAGAAACUCUGUUAGCAGGAUCACUUGCUAAAGCACUUUGUUAUAUCAACAAGAUGAGCAAAGAGGUAAAAGCCAAUCAAGAAAUGAAAUCAAGAAUUUUGGUCAUAAAAGCAGCAGAAGACAGUGCAUUGCAAUAUAUGAAUUUCAUGAAUGUGAUCUUUGCAGCACAGAAACAGAGUAUUUUGAUUGAUGCCUGUGUCUUGGACUCUGAUUCAGGUCUUCUACAACAGGCUUGUGACAUUACGGGUGGCAUAUAUCUGAAAGUGCCACACAUGCCAUCCCUUCUGCAGUAUUUGUUGUGGGUAUUUCUCCCUGAUCAAGAACAAAGAUCACAACUUGUCCUUCCACCUCCUAUUCAUGUUGACUACCGAGCUGCAUGCUUCUGUCAUCGAAAUCUUAUUGAAAUUGGUUACGUGUGUUCUGUGUGUUUGUCAAUAUUCUGCAACUUCAGCCCUAUUUGUAGUACAUGCGAGACUGCUUUCAAAAUAUCAUUGCCACCUGUCAUGAAAGCUAAGAAGAAAAAAUCAAAGUUAGCUGCAUAACAACGUUAUGUAAAUACACCAUUACCUCUUCCAGUAAUUCCAUUAAAUGGAACAUACGUGAGAAA